AUGAAGGGCCCUUCUCGGUCAGAACUGGCGAUUACCGACGAUAACCUCGAAUGGAUCGAGCAACACCACCGCGCCACCAGCCGCAAGGCACCAACAACCCAAAAGUCACAACACCAGACCCUAGGCCAAAACCUCAGUCAUAACCAAACAUCCGGAAGCCACGAGUUUGUGCCGAGUGGAGAUGAGUCCGACUAUGCAGAAAAGAACCACCAGUCUGUCUUUUAUGCCCCUGACCCCCAUAAACGCACCAAGGAGUAUCACAUUGAGCAGGCAAUAGGGGCCAUCAAGCUCCUCAAGGCAGCCUCCAAGCCUGAAGGAUGGAAGAAGGUAUUCAGACACAAGUCCGACUGCGUUGUCUCCCAGUCUACCGGCAAUGGCGACAAGCAUCCAGCAUUCAAGGGCGAGCAUGUCAUUCGUGGUUUCCGCGCACAAGACGUCUUCUCCAUCGUUGGAGUGCGAAAGCUGUGGGACGAUUGGUAUGACCAGUUAAACUGUGUAGAGUCGUACGACGAAGCAACGAACCUGAUGUACAUGGUCAUGAAGGGCAACAUGUCUUCAAAAACACGAGAUAUCUCGAUGGUCGAGCGGAUAGAGGUGGAACCCGACGGAACCAUCUACUUUGCCUCUUGUUCUGUCCAAUCCAGCAAAAUCCCGCUCAUGUCCGGCAAAGUCAGGGCGGAUAUCUUUGUUGCAGGAUGGGUCAUUCAGCCAUUGCCAUCCAACCCACCCAUCACAAAGGUCACCUACGUGAUCCAAACAGAUCUCCUCAGCCGGUUACCAAAGUUCAUUGCACGGAGGGCGCUCGCCAAACGACCAUUAGUCAUCACCACCAUCGAAACCCACCUCAAGAAAAACGGCGUUCCAAUGGUCAUGACCAAACUUGUCUCUCAGACCACUAACCGCCACCGAAGUCUCAGUGAGCCGCUAAAGCCCGAAAAGUUUAUGUUUACCGAGCGGGAUUCCGAGGAGAAUGUUCAGUCCGGAUCCUCCUUCCUUUCACCUAUCGAACCACUUCGCCCAGAUAACCAUGUCGAGGAACUGAAUACAAAGGAGGACUCUGACGACGACGACCUUCAGCUGGCUAUGGCCUCGGUCAGUGAAAGCUCGACAGCCAGGAGUUCGCUCGCACCCAGUCUCCUGUCCACUCGUUCCCUCGCCCCGUCAAUAUUCUCACCCGAGUUCCUGGAAAACAACGCACAUCUCGGCGACACUGCAAUGUUUGGCGAUUCAGUUUUGUUUGGGAAAGGAGGCAUCUAUGAGAACAACAUGCGAAAACAGAACGAGAUAUCUCGGGCAUCAGACGAUACCAACCGGGCACAAUCGCCUCAACUCACCCAAACACCAGCCCAUUUUCCUGAGCGUACUCGGCGGGCACCACCUCAGGCUGCAAGAACUCUCCCACCAGAAACCGACAUCCGGGAUCGUCAUCAAUUGGCUUCACAGGCUUCCUUCAAGCGGAUAGACACACCCAGAUCGAAUCCACCACCUAGGACGGCCCAGCCAUCCACCCCAGAGCAGCCUGUUACACCUACAGUCACUCUGGCGACACCCCCAUUGACGCCCACAACCUCGAUCGAUGGCAAGGACGCAACGUCGGAUUCGGAUGCCUCUCUUACACCCAAAGUCAGGAUCGUCCCCCGCGUGCCCAAAACGCACGCUACCGUCGACACCUCACUUCCUCAACGACCUAGUUCAAUGGCUUUUGCAGCGUUCGGAAUGCGGUCGCCUUCAGCCAUCAUGGAAGCGCGUCGCCACAGCACCCUGAUCAGUCGUAGCUCAUCCUUUGCUCCACGACAUAGCCAUGCUGUCCCUAUCCGAGGCAGUCCUAACAUUACCCUGCAGGGCUUGAACCGGUCGUCGAUGAUCUUCAACUCGACACCAAACGCAUUGAAGAGGCACUCAACCGCUCCCAGUGUGGAUUCCAACCGUUCGUCGACUCAGCUUACGCCCAUGAUCGUCCUUCCUCAUCGCCACUCGGAGACGGCACGCAAGGCGUUGGCAAUGUUUAAGGUGUUGGCAUCGAGUCCCGAGGAUCGCUGGAAGGCUAUCUCGAGCGAUGGUACCUUCAAGAGCUACAGCAGAGUGAUCUCGGGCGCCGGGCUCCCAAUGCUCCGAGCGGAGGGUGUCAUCAGUGGAGGCUGGACAGUUGAGCAGAUCAACGCCGUUAUCGAGUCCUCUGGCUGCCGACAGUUCUGGGAUGAGCGCUUUGACAAUUUAUCAAUCGCAGAGACGUUCAACUCGAACGAGUACCUCUUCCAUGUCGCACUCCGCGGCAUUGGAUCUUUGACUGGCCGUGAUCUGGCUGGAGUAACAAUUGUCGACCGCGAUCCUCAGACAGCGGCACUCUGCAACGUCUCAACGUCGGUUCUCGACUCUACCAUCCCAGAGGACCCUGGUCGUAUCCGUGCAUUGCUUGAGUUGUCCGGUUGGUCUCUGAGACCCACAUUUGAUGGACAGGGCAACACCGUUUCGGUGAAUGUCACCUUUGUGAUCCAGAUUGAUAUCCGCGGCACGCUCCCUACCUCGGUCGUCAAGUCCCUCACUGCCAGCAUGAUGACAGGCGUCUCUCGUCUCAACCAGUUCAUCAACAAGAGCGGAUACCCACCCUAUGCCUCUCACAUCUCUGGCACUCGUCUCCUUGACACAUUCGAGCCCAAGACGGGCUUUUACGAGCUGUGCUACAAAGCGGCGCCGGGAUGGACUGAGGUUCGAGUUGGCCGCAAGGUCUACAAGGAUGGCUACGACUUUUUCAUCAAGCCCGACGACCCUACUGUCCGUGUUGAGCUUGCUCCAGACUUUGGCGGUGUUCGUAUCUGGACAACCCUCGACCAUGAGGGCCAGAGCAUCAUUGCCCAGGUCACCCGUAAGGGACAUAACCCGGCCGGCAACCCUGCUCAGGAGCCAACUCAGCCGUCGCAGCCCGAUGACGAAGAAAGGGAGAGCGGGAGUGACGAGCCAAGCCGCCGCAAGCGAGAGCCUUAUGUGCCCCGUCGACCAAGAGACAGCCGUGUGUUUGAGUCGUCGUCGCCAACGUUUGGUGGCCCGUCCCCGCGCAAGUCGUCGAGCCAUCUAAAGUGUAAUGAUGAUGAAGAUGAUGUUGAGUUGGAGAAUCCUGAGCAGGUAGAUGUCCGUUCUUCUGGAGAUGUUGGUGGUGGAUCCGACCUACGACCACAUGAGGCGGCGGUGUCGUCCGUCGGUCGUAAGAGGAGAAGCGCCAGCUUCACAACUUUGAGUACCUUUGACCCUAAUCUCGUUGUUGCCUCUUUUUCCUACCGACCCGCUGAACUCCCACAGGCUUCAACGGCCCCCAAGGUCUCGCAGGAGUCCGAGAGGACCGGGAGGAGCCGUACUAGGAGCACGCCCCGCAGCCUGACGAAUGUCCCCGAUAAUGCCUCCCCGCCAACCCUCCCACGCCGUUCCAGUUCUCUCAGCCGACACUCUGUUCCCCUUUCGCCGCCCUUCCUGUCUCUCGUUGACGCCCCUCCCAUGCCCAUCAUUUCUACGUUCACCGCCGCUCCUUUGACCCAAGGUGAUUCGUCUGCGCCAUCUUCCGCUGCCUUAGCCGAUUCCCCUACAACCUCCCCUAUCACAACCUCCUCAGGGACGACUUUUAUUACGUCGCCUUUCUCCAGCCCGACUCUUGGUCCUUUCCAUGUCCCACACCACAGGCCGAUCGAGUCUCCCAUGCCAGGCCGCGAUAUUUUCCAGGUACUUGAGGAUCCUCAGACGCUUAACCUCUCAGUCCCAGCCAGCAACACAGAGGUUGAGAAGAAAGACACCAAGGGGUCUGAACCUGAGCUGGAGCCAACUACCAAGCUCACAUCCGUCCUGAAAAAGUCGAUCCUUCAGCCAGCAGCAGAAAUCCCUACCAGCUCCCGUGUUGUUGAUUCGGAUGUCGAUGCAUCUUCCUUGAUCGCACGGGCUGUCAUUCCCUCGAUAUCUGAGGUUUUGGCCAAGUCGACCUCUGUCGAUUCUGAGUCUGCCGAUCACCAAGAUGUCAAAGCCUCGUUGACCACUAUGAGUUCUCCUUUGACUUCGCCCGUUCCUGGACCCAGGACAUCGAGCCUUAGUCACAGAAGUUCGAACGCGUCGGUCGGCAGCAUUACCCGCAGGGUGACCUUCUCUCCUGAUGUGGUCGACAACUCUGAGACCAGAACAACGCCCCUCCGACCCAAGAGGCUCUCCAGGAAGAAGUCGGUCUCACUGAAGGCCAGUCCAUUGGCUGAGCUCCAGACUGCCAGUUCCGGUGAAGCAGAGACUGUCGAGACAACAGAAGCAGCUGCUAUUGUUGAUAUUGUUGCCUCUCCUGUUGUUGUCGAGGUUGCCACUGUUGCAGUGUCUGUAGUCGAGGUCCAGGAUGAGGCCGGAUACGAGAGCGACGAGGCCGAGUUUGUUGAGGCCCAGUCUGAGUUCUUUGACGAUACUCCCGAGGACACCCCUGUUGCUGUCAAGGAAGUUGUUGUUGACAUCGCAGCGGUCGCGCGACGCGAGGCGGAGAAAGAGCAAAUGUUGGUGGAUAUGAAGGGGCACUAUAUUGGACAUGAGGAUCUGUGGCGGACAGCGACUGAUUCGUUUGUGUCAGAGCUGAACAUGGUGCAGGUCAAGGCCGUGCUUAUGUUUGUGCUUGUUGCGGUGUAUGCCAGCGGCUUGCUCGCGAUGUAG